AUGGAAUUUGAUUUUCACAGGAAGAAGAAAAUAGAAUCUGUCUUGAAAGACAGUGGUUAUAAAGUGCACAACCGUUUUGAAUUUGCUGAACUAACAAGGCGUUACUUGCUAGCAUCUGGAGAAAAGAUCAGCAACCCCCUCCAUCAUGACAUCUGUUGGGGCUCCCCCUUUCACCUGAGGCCCGUGAAAACUAUUUUGAAGGCGCCCAUCCCUUCUGUACAAGCAAUAGAAUUCAACAGGCUUUUGCAACGCCAAAGACUUGAGAAGAUUGAACUUCACUGCAAGUUAGCACAGCAAGUGGCGUCCGAACUGAAGCACAGGAUAUAUUUGGCAAGGAGACCACUGCCACCAAGUGGUCCCAACUAG